AUGGUCUACACAAUCAUCGUACACUUGUACGCCAAGGCGGACGAGGAGAGCAUUUCCAAGCUCAAGGCAAAGCUUGUCGAGGCCAGCCAGGUCUACUCCAAGGACAAGGAGACGCUGAGCUGGUUUGUCAUGCAGGAUACCGUGGACCCAAGGAAAUUCAGCAUCGUAGAGAGGUACCUACAGGAAAGUUCUCAGCAAUACCACUUGAACAACCCAUACUGGAAGACUUUCGACCCAUACGUCCUCCCACUGCUCGAUGCGCCGAUGGACCUGCGAAGACUCGAGGAGAUGGAUACUGGUGCCACCGCAGCUGGUGCGCACUAG